CAAAACUACUCUCUACACUUCAAUUUUUUUUUUUCAUAAAUUCCCUUCUCUGAUCCUUUUUCACCCAUACUUCGGCUAUGUUUCAGUACAACAAAAGGCAAAAAACCUAGAAUAUCAUCUUAAACCAAGAUCCAAAAACCAGUAGAAACAGAAAUAUUUGUUGCCACAACUGAAAUGUCUACUUCUGAUACACCCUUAUUAGACCCUUUGCAGCAACAGCAGCCACCGCCGAUGGUGGUGGCAGCCCAACAGGCCUCCACAGGUCAUUCGGAUCAUGGGUCGGUUGGACCUGUUAUUGGGGUUCUCGCAGUGGUAGCAAUACUUGGUGCAAUUGCUGUGAUGAUUGGCAGGCUUUGUUCCGGUCGGAGAAUAAUGGGUCGUGGCCGGUACGAUUUUGAAGAAUGGGCUGAAGCUAAAUGCGCUUCUUGCAUUGAUGGUCAGGUUUUUCCGCCCCCGCCUCCACCCUUGGUGGUGGAGGACAGUGUCAGCAGCUCAUCCGGCGAAGCUGCCCCGGCGGUGGUGCCCCAAGAUGAAACACAAACACUUGAAGAAGAUAAAGUCCCGGAACAACAAAGUAAUUUGCAAAACUGAAAUCAUCAAUUGAACGUGAAAGAGCUCAGUCUCUACUUUUGAAGUGAUCGAGUUGUUCAUUCUAUUAAGCAAUCUCGUUUUUUUUUUUUUUUUGGAUUCGUACACCAUAUUCUCCUCUUGCGAAAUGGGAUUAACUUCUC